AUGCAAGGCGGUGAUACUGCGCAUCUUAAUCAGGCAGAUGUGGCGAAAUCCACGAAUAUAACCGUACUCGGAGCCGGUUGCGAAGUGGGUCGUUCAUGCGUCUUCGCAGAGCGUGGAGGCCACAAUGUCAUGUUCGACUGUGGCCUUCACCCCGCAUUAUCGGGGGUUGGCGCUCUGCCUGUAUUCGAAGCGAUCGACUUGUCGAAGGUGGAUGUUUGCCUCAUCACCCACUUCCACCUCGACCAUUGCGGCGCGGUGCCGUACCUGCUAUCGAAAACUGCAUUCAAGGGGCGCAUACUCAUGACAUAUGCCACUAAGGCCAUAUGUCAUCUACUGUGGGCGGAUUAUGCCCGUAUGGAGCAGAUGCAGACGGUCAAAUCCAUAUUCGACCGAACGGGGCCUAAGAAUGACCAGGAGGCGUCCGACCAAAAAGAGGGGCUGAUGGACGAGCUGAUAUGUGGCUCAGGCUUGUACUCCUUCGAAGAUGUGGAAUACGCGCUGGAGAAAAUUGAGACUAUCGAUUUCCACGAAGAAAAGGACAUCGGCGGGAUUAAAAUUUCAUGCUACAGGGCAGGUCAUGUGCUAGGCGCAUGCAUGUUCCUAGUGGAAAUGGACGGUGUACGUAUACUGUACACCGGAGAUUACUCCACUGAACUCGAUAGGCACGUCCCGUCAGCUGAAAUACCGCCCAUUAACGUCCACCUACUUAUUUGCGAAAGCACAUACGGAAUUCGCGUUCACGAAGAAAGACUGCAACGAGAGAGAAGAUUCCUGAGGGUGGUCCUUGAGAUAGUUACCAGAGGAGGGAAGUGUCUUUUGCCGGUAUUCGCCCUCGGCAGGGCACAGGAAAUAUUGCUCAUUUUGGACGAGUACUGGGAGGCGAAUAGCAACCUGCAGUCAAUUCCCAUUUUCUACAUCUCUCCACUCGCGCAGAAAUCACUCAGAGUGUACGAGACUUUCGUAGGACUCUGUGGUGAAUACGUCAAAGAGUGCGUGUACAACGGGUUCAAUCCCUUUAACUUCAAGUUCGUCAAAUACGCAAAAUCUGUGGGUGACAUAGAGCCCUACCUGCGCUCAGAUACUCCUUGCGUUGUCAUUACGUCGCCUGGGAUGCUGCAGGGAGGUCCGUCGCUUCAAAUCUUUGAGAAAAUAGCUUCGGACAACAGAAAUGGCGUGGUGAUCACCGGGUACACUGUCAAAGGCACACUUGGAGACGAGCUUAGACGAGACCCAGAAGUCGUUAGCGUAGGCAACAAAGCGAUUAAGCGAAAGUGUGCUGUCGAACAAAUUUCGUUUAGCGCACAUGCUGACUACAAUCAGACCAAAGAUUUUAUUCGGAAACUAUCGGUGCCAAAUGUCAUACUGGUUCACGGAGAACGCGCAGAAAUGACUCGUAUGCGUGAUAAACUGUCGGAAGAAAUACCCGAGCUUUCGGUAUUCAUGCCAGAGGUGCUGCAAAUGGUCACGCUCAGCUUCCCGCCGGAAGUGGCUAUCAACGCCGUCGGGCAGCUAGCGACCGACAUCAAACAAAAAAUGCUCGAUGGCGCUGUUAGUAGUGACGAUGAGCAGUUGGCUAGCGUUGUUAUAGUAAAAGACAACGAGUCCAAGGUCAUGUACGCCGACGACAUCGAAAACUGCGCAACUCUGGGAAUCAGCUACGUCGACCAAGAAAUGACUAUCGGCUUCAACGGCGGACUGGAACAACUCAAAACUGCCGUUGAAGCUGUAUAUGACGACGUCAAGGUUGUUUCAAAGGACACCAUCAUCGUUGCGGAACUCGUGACAGCGAUCGUGGCGGCAGACCGCAUGACCCUAAGGUGGACAGCUAGCCCGGUGGCAGACCUUAUCGCAGACAGCAUUAACAUGCUCGCCGUGCAGCUAAUAGUGCACCCCCAACAAUCCACAGAAGAGGCGCAAAUGAUCAACAAGAUAAGGGAUGAGGAGGUUUUCUUUUCCGUGGCGGAGAUGCAACUCGCCACGAAAUUCGGAGAACCCACCCAAAUGAAAGUGGAAGAAGAACAGGCGAAGCCCAAUGACAAAACACUCAAGUUCCUUAUUCAGAAUCCAUUAGAGGAAAACGCCCGCGUUGUGACAAUGGACGUAAACCUCUCCAAGUGCGAGGUCACGUGUGAGGACGCCGAAGCUGCGAAAAUAGCUCGUGAUAUCAUAAACACUGUAAAGGCUGCUCUACAGCCUAUCAACCUAUAG